AUGGAGAACAGCCCGGACAUGCCAGCACAUAUGUUCAAGGACGCUUUCAAGUCCAAGGGGGAGUACGUGUUCGUCGACUUGGUGUUGAAUCCGUUUUCGGAUUGGGGCGUCCAGAGGAAGCGCCGGUGGCAGGCGGCGCUCAAGGUUUCCACGGUGAUCUGGUCAGGCGCGGUGGGGGCCGAGGACCAGCAGGCCCAGUUCGACGCCAUCUUCGGGCACGGCACGGACGGGCAGCCGCCCCCAGCGCCGCCAUUAUGCGAUGCGUAUCUGGUGUCUUCCGCGGACGAGGAGAAGGCGCAUUGCAAUGCGUUGGCGGCAAAGCGUGGCUUGUACCCGCGCCCUGGCCACACGGUCCCCCUCGGCGCGUGCUUGUCGGAGUGCUACUUGAAACACGCCCAGCUCCUGAAGAAGGUGCACCUCGUGUCCUGGAAGCACUCGUGCUUCGCCGCCGACAUCUCCCAGAACCCGAAGUACUGCGUCCGCGGCGGCGACGCGCUACCUGCAGCAACCACGAGUUCGUUGUUCUUCUCUUUCUCUCAGGACCUCGAUCCGACCGGAGCUGUCCCAGUGGCUGGCGGCCGACGCCGCGCCCGGGGCGGCGCAGGGGCCUGGGCCCAGCGAGCACAGGUGGCUGGAGACUUGGCUGAAGGACAGCUCUGGCGGCGCGGACGCCUGGGGCGGCUGGCAGGCCCCCCGCGCGGGCGCCCCGGAGAGGCGCCGCUCGGGGUUGCCCGGAGACAGGGGCGCGGUGCACGAGAUGGGCCCCGCCGCGCAGGCGGCCUGGUGCGCGGAGGCGCUGCCGCACGUCCGGCGGGUGCUCCGCGGUGA